AUGCGCCAUCCAACCUACCCCGGUAUAAUGCAGGGGGAGAUGAGGAGCCUCUAUCAGCAGUGCAGUAUCAUUGCAAGAGAAAGAGCCCAUCACUGCCUUCCCCUCUGCUUCCACAUCCCCCAUCACUACCUCUCCCUCUGCUCCCUCAUCUCCCUCGUUGCCCCCUCCCCGUCUCACAUUCCCCCCAUCACUGCCUCCCCAACUGCUCCCUCAUCCCCUCAUCUACUGCUCCCUCACCCCCCCAUCAAUGCCUCCCCGACUGCUCACCCAUCCCCCCAUCGCUGCCUCCCCCACUGCUCCUGCUUCCUCCCUGUCAAUGCAUCCCCCUUAGGUGCCACAUCCCCCUUAUCGCUACCUCCCCCGCUGCUCCCUCCUUCUCCCCGUCGCUACCUCCCCCGACGCUCCCCCACCCUCCCCCCCGUCAUUGCCUCCCUCACUGCUCCCCCAUUCCUGUCACUGCCUCACCCGCUGCUCCCCCAUUCCCCCUGUCGCUCUGCCUUCCACCCUGCUCCCUCAUCCCCCCCAUUGCUGUCUCCCCCCCUGCUCCCUCAUCCCUCCCAUCACUGCAUCCCCCUUAGUUGCCACAUCCCCCUUAUCGCUACCUCCCCCGCUGCUCCCUCAUUCCCCCCGAAGCUGCUUUCCCCGCUGCUCCUUCAUCCCCCCCGUCGAUACCUCUCCCUUAACACUUCUUCCCCCUUAGAUGCCCCGUAG